UAUUACAAGCUCAGUCCGGGUACUUAUAGAGGCCGCUGCAGCUCCAGCCGCUUUGUUCUUUUUUAGAGCAGCAAGCAGCGUCAAACGUGGAGUGUGAUGGGACUUGUAGUGCCGUGAGCUGCCACUUCCUGUCGCUGCACAUUGAUCUGGCACUAAAGUAAAACUACAGCCCCCAUAGUCCCUCGCGGUGGAGGAGCAUGCGCGCUCUCUUAUCUCAGAAGAGAGCCGAGAAGAAAAAAAAUCUAAAAGAAAAAUACGAAGAAGCUCGUCUUGCACAGCGCGGUGCGGCUAAUGCAUGGUAUUAAGGAAGCACCGGGUAAGAGUUCCACGAGUCGCCAUCUGGGACUGUGAGGAGGCUCUCGUGACACGGGAAGCUUCGCGAGCGACGGCGCCAGUGACUGCACUGUAUUUAGCUGUGUCCGGCUUUAGCAUCUGCAUUGCAGCCGAUUAAUUCGGGAAAAUGUCGCAAUUCACAGUGCCGGUCCCCAGUGAUUCUUCUGGGAGCAAAGAAACUAUUAUGUGCCUCAUAUCUGCACUGGAGUCAGUGUGUAAGGAGUUCGCUAAGGUCAAGGCAGAAGUCGCUUGCAUUGCCGUGUACGACUCCGAAGCCCUGAUAGUUGGCAGCAAGAAGGGAAAAACUUUUUUAGACACAAGAAAGGAUUUUCAGAAAGACUUCUUAAAAUACUGUAAUUCGGAGGAAGGUUCUUUUCCAAAGGAUCGUAUCGUUAAGAGUCCGAUGAUGGAAAUUGACUCUCUCCGGAAAUCAGUGGAGGAUUUGUUCUGUAUUUGCUAUGGUAAAGCUUUGGGAAAAUCAACCCCAGUACCGGUGCCCUAUGAUAAGAUGACAAAAGACCCCACUGCAGUCUCGGUGUGCGGGCUUCCGAAAGAAGUGCCAGUCCGAGAUCCGUCAAAAUAUGAUCUUCACACUUUGAAGCAGAUUCUCGAUAACAAGUCUCAGCUCUAUUUCAUUAUUAAAAGGCCAUUUAUUGAUCAGAGGAAAUCAAAGUCUAAGGAAGAUGAAAUUACUGAAGAUACAGAUGAGUCUUUCUCAGAAAGCAUUGUUCCUGUUCAAGUGAAAACUGAGCCAAGCGAUGACUCUGAAAGUUCAGUUGAACUGACCACUGUGACAGUAAAGGAAGAAGAGGAAGACCUGGAGUAUUAUAAGUUUAAUUUCCAAGGGUAUAGUUAUGGUGAAGAGUCCAAUGAAGCAGCUGAUAUGGAUCAAGCAGAAGACUCAACUCAUCACGCAGCCUCUGAAACAAGUGAGGAUCCUGAAGUUGAGGUCACUAUAGAAGAUGAUGACUACUUACCACCUCACAAGAAGCAAAAGGGUGCAGAAACUCUACAUGAUCAGUCGACACAAUGCAGAAGAAAAACACGAGAAUUUAACUUUGAAAAGUGGAAUGCAAGAAUCACAGACUUGAGGAAACAGGUGGAAGAGUUGUUUGAGAGAAAAUACGCUCAAGCCAUAAAUGUGAAUGGUCCCGUAUCAAUUCCAUAUCACCUCUUCCAGUCGAAUACAGAGGAUCUGUAUGUGGAAGGACUUCCCGAAGGAAUUCCAUUUAGAAAACCUUCAACUUAUGGAAUUCCACGCCUCGAAAGGAUACUGCUUGCACGAGAACGGAUACGCUUUGUGAUUAAAAAGCCUGAUCUUUUAAAUUCUGCGACAGAACCAUUUUUCAUUGAAAAGACAGCCCCAGGAGUGAAAGAGGAAUGGUAUGCAAGAAUCACAAAAUUAAGAAAAACUGUUGAUCAUCUAUUUUGUAAAAAGCUGGCGGAGUCUUUGGGAAAAACAGAGCUCAUGCCUGUACCGUACCAGAAGUUUGAGGCUAACCCCAACGAAAUGUACGUGGAAGGUCUGCCUGAUAAUAUACCAUUCAGAAGCCCAUCCUGGUAUGGGAUCCCCAGGCUGGAGAAAAUUAUUCAGGUUGGCAACAGGAUCAAAUUUGUGAUUAAAAAUCCAGAGCUACUUACACAGGCUUCAGCGGACUCUAUUCAGAACAAAACAAAUGCAGGAGCGAAAGAAGACUGGAAUAUAAGGAUAACUAAGUUAAGAAAGCAAGUUGAGGAGAUCUUCAAUGCAAAAUUUGCUCAAGCACUGGGGCUCUCAGAAGCUGUGAAAGUCCCUUAUCCUGUAUUCGAGUCCAAUCCAGAGUUUCUGUAUGUAGAAGGGCUUCCAGAAGGCAUUCCAUUCCGGAGUCCAACUUGGUUUGGCAUUCCACGACUUGAAAGAAUUGUACGCGGAAGCACCAAAAUCAAGUUUGUCGUCAAGAAGCCGCAGUUGGUAUUCCCCUAUAUUCCUCCUGAACUAACUGAUAAAAUAGGUGUUGACGCUUUACCGAACACGGAGACAGACCAGAGAGCAGAAAGUCCGUCGGUGGACGUUGCAGUGGAAAGUGUGAAUUCAGUGCCAGGAGUCUCGCAAGAUACAUCAAAAAACAUUGUGCUCCCUCAAACGAAUGGUUCCAGUGUGGCAUGCAAACCACGAGGGAGAGAGUUUUCCUUUGAGGCAUGGAAUGCAAAAAUUACAGACUUGAAGCAGAAAGUGGAAGCACUAUUUGAUGAAAAAUGUGGAGAGGCGUUAGGCCUGAAUGAGCCUUUCAAAGUGCCGUUUGCAUUGUUUGAAUCCUACCCGGAGGACUUCUACGUGGAGGGUCUUCCCGAGGGCGUUCCUUUUCGCAGGCCUUCUACAUUUGGAAUUCCUAGGCUCGAAAAGAUUCUCCGAAACCGAGCCAAGAUUAAAUUUAUAGUCAAAAAGCCUGAAAUGUUUGAAACUGCAGCCAAAGAGCCCCCUGUACACUUUCUACCAAGAAGGGGAAGUGCCCACAACGCCUCUGUUACUGCAUCUGCACUUGAAGAUCUCAAUAUUAUACAAGUAACUAUACCAGAUGUGGACACCGAAAAAACAGUUAAAGUAGAUAAAGCCCGUCAGCUGAGGGAACAAGUGAAUGAACUCUUUAGUCAGAAAUUUGGAGAAGCUAUUGGUAUGAGUUUCCCAGUGAAAGUCCCGUACAGAAAAAUAACCACUAAUCCAGGUUGUGUGGUAGUGGAUGGUAUGCCUCCUGGGGUUACUUUUAAGGCCCCCAGUUACCUGGAAGUCGGUUCUAUGCGGAAAAUUCUGGAUUCUGCAGAAUUCAUAAAAUUUACUGUUAUUAGACCCUUCCCAGGAUUGGUGCUUAACAAUCAAGUACAUGAUGAAAGUGCAUCUGCAACAUCUGUAGGAUCUGGUAAAGCGGACAAAAGCCAAGUAGAAGAAUCAACAGAUGAAGGUAAGGGUUAACAUUACUUCUAAAGCACCCGUGAAUGCUGCAACACUAUGCAAUUUAAUUGGCUUCCAAAAAGUGGGGACAGAUCCAGCGUCAGUGCUAUUUGAUCUGAUGUACUGUUAGUAAAAUGACAAUAAGUCCAGACCUCAUCAGGCAGUCCUCCUGUUUAGACGCUGCAGAGUGUUUCCCAUCUUGAACAUGCUGGAAGAAUGUUCCACAAAAAACUGUGAACCAGUGGUUUGAUGAGAGUCUACGCUAAACUUGUAAUGGACGGACAAAAAAUGUUGAUGACCAGUGAAGUUGAAAUAUACUGCACUAUUAACUC